UUUACUUAAAUAAUUUGUUUUAAUUGCAGUAAAUUGCUGUUGAUAGAGCAGAAAUGGAUGUCAACGUGGAAGAGCCUUUGGAUCCGAAGUUUCUUUGGUACGAUUAUGCUUUGUUUUCGAUGAUGCUGCUGUUCAGCGCGGGUAUCGGCAUUUACUACGGUUUCUUCGGGAAGAAGAAGGAAGUCGUCAACGAUUAUCUCUUGGGCGGCAAAGAGAUGAGCGUCUUCCCGAUCGCCAUGUCUCUAACAUCCAGCGUUCUAUCGGCUGUUUCUUUGACGGCGAUUCCUGCUGAUAUCUACAGGUUCGGCGCGACUUACUGGCUCAGCACCAUCGGUAUCCAAUUCGUGCUGGUCUUCGUGCUGUACGCCAUCAUUCCAGUAUUCUAUAAUCUCCAAUUGACCAGUAUUUACGAGUACGUGGAGCUCAGGUUUCACAGGAAGUUGAGGAUUGUCUGCUCGAUCCUAUAUGCUGUUUACCAAAUCACUUUUCUACCUAUUAUCAUUUACUUACCAGCUUUGGCCAUCGCUCAAGGCACAGGAUUCAAUAUACAUUACAUCACGAUGUUUUUCUCCACCGUGUGCAUAUUUUACACGACAAUCGGUGGUUUCAAAGCGGUUAUUUGGACUGAUACUAUGCAGUUCGUGAUCAUGGCAGGAACUGCGAUUAUGAUUACGGUUAUCGGAACCUCAGCUUCCGGGGGAUUUCAGAAGAUUUGGGAGGAUUCCCUCGAAAGCGGCAGAUUUCACAUUGAUUUCGAUCCAGAUCCUAGGAAACGUGACACUUUUUGGACGAUUUGCGUAGGUUUAGUUAUAUACUGGUUCCAAUAUGUUGGGGUCAAUCAGAGCUGCAUACAGAAGUGCAUUUCCUUACCGUCAAUGGCUCACAUCAAAAAGUAA